AUGUCAGAUUUUGCUAGCACGAUAUUCAUACCUGCAAGAGACAAUUUACGGAUAAAACAAGAUGAUAGAGAAGGGGUAAUUCGAUUGUGUCGAGAUAUAACAAGCUAUUCGAAAAAGGGGAUAUUUUCUUUGCAUAGAACUAUACUGGAAGAUGAAUUGAUCAAAGAAUUAGCUGGAUAUUUUAAUGUUUUGAGUGAUAGAUUGGCUAAAAUCCAAAAGAAUUACCCUGAAAACAUGCACUUACGAGGAACAAUAUCAGGAGCGGUUGAAGAAUUGAUCGAGUUUUUCACAUUUGCUUUUUAUAAAUACAAUUUUCAAUUAUUACGGUACGAUGUGUUUUUGAAAAUGAUACAAAUUUUGAUAAAUGGCGAUGAUGUUGAGCCAAUUGUACAAUACUUGAUUAAGUCUGAGCUGUUGCCUGAAGCUAUUGAGCCACAUAUUGACUUUAUUGAUCUAGCAGAUUAUCUAAUGGGGAUCUUUGAUUGCACUGGUGAAAUAAUGAGAAUGUGUAUACUGCAACUGUCUCAAUCAACAGGUGAUUUUGAACUCAAGGCUACUUUGAAUAACUACAGAUUUUUACAAAAAUUGUACGAUCAAUAUGUUUUAUUGACACAGCACUAUCUGGGAAUUUCUAUAAAUCGAGGAGUUUUUGACGAUUCAGCCAAUCUGAGAGGAAACAUUUCAUUCACCAAAAAGCUACAAGUGUUUGAAAGUUCACUCAAGAAAAUUGAAUCUACAUUAUUAGAUAUACUAGUUAGUGAUAAAGAAAUAAUAUAA